AUGAAUUUUGCAACCUCAUUGUGUAGGAGAUUAACUGUUAGCAACUUGGUUACUAGAAUCCCUGUUUACACCUCUGCAAGUGAUGUAUCUGGAGAUGGAUUAAGCAUGAUAUUCAGACGCUGGGCCACCAAAAAAACAGCAGGCUCCACAAAAAACGGACGCGACUCAAAACCCAAGAUGCUUGGUGUCAAGAAGUUUGGUGGUGAGAGAGUGAUACCUGGGAAUAUCAUUGUAAGACAAAGAGAAACUCGGUUUCACCCAGGUGAUUAUGUUGGAAUGGGAAAAGAUCAUACGCUUUAUGCUUUGAAAGAAGGGUGUGUCAGAUUUGAACGACAUAAGCUGAGUGGACGUAAGUGGGUGAAUGUUGAACCCAAACAAGGCCAUGUACUACACCCACUUUACGUGAAAACUGGUACCACAUCUUAAGGUCUCUCUUUAAAUCAUGUUAAGUUAGUUAAGGCGUAAAAGAUUUUCCUUUGUUUUUGGAAUUUUUGUUGAAUAAUUUAUUGGGAAGUUGUCAAUUACUUCAACUUGGCAAGUGUAAUGGAAUUGAAGGCUACUGUUAAAAGUUGUGCUUUGUGGCACAUGAUAUCUUGGAAAAUAGAGCAUAAAAUGUAAAAUUAAAAGAGC